AUGAGCCUUCAGACCCCACCCACACUCCUGAAACAGGCAAGGCAGGCUCUGCUGAGAAAUGAGGAAUUGUCCAUUUCUGCUGUGGAACAACUGCCCAUGGAGCUCUUCACAGCAGUGUUCCAGGACGCCUUCAAAGGCAGACACAAUAGGAUGGUGAAGGCAAUGGUGGCAGCCUGGCCUUUCCCCUGCCUCCCUGUGGGGACAUUGAUGAAGACCCCCAACUUAGAAACCUUCCAGGCUGUACUUGAAGGAGUAGACAUGCAGCUGGCAAGAAACUUUCACCCCAGUUGCCUGAGAAGCCCCUUGGAGAGUUUCUCAAUCAGUGGCUACUUUCUGACACACUAUGACUUGAAUUGUAUCUCCCGUUGCCAACGCCUCUGUGAGCUCAAACAUCUGGCCAUGAGAGGUGUGGGAUUAUUGGCUACAGAUUCUAUGCCUCUCAAACAUCUGCUAGAGACUGUGGCACAUACUCUGCAGUCCCUGGAUUUGCAGGGUUGUGGAAUGGAGGACUCUCAGCUCACUGACCUCAUACCUGCCCUCAGCCGGUGCACCCAGCUCAACAAGGUCAACCUGUAUGACAAUAAAUUCUCUGUGUCCAUUUUGAAGGACCUUUUAAUGCACACAGCCAACUGGAGCAAGAUGAAUGGGGAGCAAUACCCUGCCCCUGUGGAGUGCUAUGAUGACUUUGGUGUCAUUGACACAGAAAUAUUCCUCUACCUUUGUCCUGAGCUCAUGGAUGCACUCAGGGCCCAGAGGCAGCCCAAGAGUAUUAUCUUUGGAACCGAAACCUGCAGUCAAUGUGGUGUGCGUUGUGUCUAUGACCUGGGGCCCAGACUUUGUCCUUGCUGGCAGUAAAUAGGGAACAUGACUUCCUGAUUUGGAUGCUCUGCCCCUGGGCUUUCCUAAGUUAUUGGCCUCCU